AUGUUACAUGGCUACCACCACAAGACCAGCAUCACCAACCAUAACCACACCUACCACCAUUAUAGCAGCAGCACCAACCAUCUCCACAUCAACCACUUCGAGACCAGCAACAUCAACAAUCGCCACGCCUACCACGAGAUCAGCAACACCAACAAUCGCCACACCUACCACGCUAUCAGCAACACCAACAAUCGCCAUGCCUACCACGAGAUCAGCAACACCAACAAUCGCCACGCCUAUCGCGAGACCAGCAGCACAAACAAUCGCCACGCCUACCGCGAGACUAGCAACACCAGCAAUCGCCACGCCUACCACGAGACCAGCAACACCAACAAUCGCCACGCCUACCACAAGACCAGCAGCACCAACAAUCGCCACGCCUACCAAGAGACCAGCAACACCAACAAUCCCCACGCCUACCACGAGACCAGCAACACCAACAAUCGCCACGUCUACCACGAGACCAGCAACACCAGCAAUCGCCACCCCUACCACUAG